AGUGAAGAUGAAGCUACAGUUGACACUGCUCGUACUUGGCUUUACUCUGGCCUUGGGCCAGAUUGUUCCCCGUAGCAGCUGGUGUCCUGUGCCACUCUCUCCGAGAUUACCAAGGCUCGCGGGGCCCGUUCGACUGAUCAUCAUCCAUCACACGGUCACGGCUCCCUGCUUUAAUAGGCAGCAGUGCCUGUCAGCAUUGAGGCAAAUCCGAGCGGAUCAUCUGCGCAGGAAGUUCAGGGACAUAGGCUAUAACUUCCUGAUCGGCGGCGAUGGUCGCAUCUACGAAGGCUUGGGCUUCGGCAUCCGCGGCGAACACGCUCCCAACUAUAACAGCCAGUCCAUUGGCAUUGCCUUCAUUGGCAAUUUCCAGGGUGGAUUACCUCCUCCUCAGAUGCUGCAAGCUGCCCGUAUCCUCAUCCAGAUUGCCGUUCGGCGCCGCCAGGUUCUGCCCAACUAUGCUCUUGUGGGACAUUGUCAGACCAAACCCACCGCCUGCCCGGGAAAACGUCUUCUCGAUGAGCUUAAAAAGUGGCCACGAUGGCAGCCGAAACCUUAGGUUUCCAAAGGAAAC